UUAAAUUUAAUCAUUGGUCAUUAUUAUUGUCACUUUAGGCAAGGGUAUCUGGUUUGAUAACGAUUCGAGAUUCAUUGGUAAUAUCAAGAAGAGUAAGAAAACUUUAAAUAUGAACAACAACUAGGCCACCCAUACUCCCCAUUCGUCGUGUCGUGCCCAUCCCCCUUCUGUGUCUAAUAAUUGGUUUUGUAUCUUUUCUUGAAAACUUCAAAAAAGAAAGAUUUCGAAUUCGUAGGGACGACGGAGAUCUCUUCUCGCAUGGCUCCUCUGUUGACGAAGCUCGUGACCAGCUUCCUUUUGUCUACUCUUUUUUUCACUAUGGUAAACUCGGAACCAGAGUGCCGGAACUUGAGAUCGAUCAUAAGUUUCGGUGAUUCGAUUGCCGAUACUGGAAACUUGCUCAGCCUCUCCGAUCCUAACGAUCAUCCUCAGGUCGCGCUUCCACCGUACGGAGAAACUUUUUUCCACCAUCCCACCGGACGUUUCUCAAACGGCCGCCUCAUCAUCGAUUUCAUUGCUGAAUUCUUAGGUUUACCGCUCGUGCCUCCAUUUUAUGGAUCUCAAAAUGCAAACUUUGAGAAAGGAGUUAAUUUCGCGGUAGGUGGAGCAGCAGCACUGGAACGUUCCUUUCUUGAGGAGAGGGGAAUUCACUUUCCUUACACCAAUGUCAGCUUAGGUGUUCAGCUUAGUAGCUUCAAGGAGAGUUUGCCUAAGUUAUGUGGCUCUCCUUCAGAGAUAUGAUAGAAAAUGCUUUAAUUCUCAUGGGAGAAAUUGGAGGGAAUGACUAUAAUUACGCAUACUUCGUGGAAAAAAGCAUUCAAGAGGUCAAAGAGCUGGUUCCACUAGUUAUCAGAACUAUUCUUCCGCAAUCACGCGCAGGAGUUAAUCGGUAUGGGAGGGAAAACAUUUCUAGUUCCCGGAGAAUUCCCUAUGGGAUGCUCAGUGGUCUAUUUGACAAUAUAUCACAGACAACAAACAUGGAAGAAUACGAUCCUUUAACAGGAUGUUUGAAAUGGCUGAAUAAGUUUGGAGAAUAUCACAACGAGCAGCUUCAAGUAGAACUCAAAAGACUUCAGAUGUUCUUCUACUGAACCUACACGUACAUUUAUUCAAUUUUGUUAACAGAGUUAACUAUCCAAUCAGGGUUCAUAAACAGACCCUUGUCCGCUUGCUGCGGUUUUGGAGGACCGUACAACUAUACGGUGGGUAGGAAAUGCGGGAUUGAUGUAGUUGAAGGUUGUAGUGAUCCUUCAAAGUAUGUGGCUUGGGAUGGUGUUCAUUUGACUGAGGCUGCGUACAGCUUGAUUGCUGAGGGUAUACUAAGCGGACCUUACACAAUUCCUCCUUUCGAUUGGUCUUGCCUCAGCUCUAGAAAAAUUAAGAACAAUGGAGGAUCAUCUGACACAAGAGAAAUUCUUUGAGGAACAACUGAUCUAAGUUGGUCAAAUAAUUGAGAGAAGGAUACUGAUAAAACCAUGUACUUGUCUUGGAUUAUGUAUUGUAUUCAAACAAAUAUAUGGUUAAUUAAAGUAUGCAACUAUUUGUUAAAAAACUA